AUGUCUUUCACAGAUCCCACAAAUCACUCUUCCAGCCUAUCUGGCGACACCAAACAUGACUCCGAUACUGUCCCGGUGACGGGCACCCAGAACGCGGGGUCGAAGGCUGAAACGGAGCCUCCUGAGCUCGGCAACCAGCAGGGGCCGCAAAGCAAAGCAGUACUGUCCGCCAAAGCGGCAGGCAAGCAACAAGCGACGGGCGAUUUGAUCGACUUUGGCGACGAUGACCUCGAGCCGACACCGGAGACGAAGCCUGCCGCCAGCUUGGACAGCAAAUCUGCGCUAGGAUCAAGCCAGACCGCCUUUGCACCAGCCUUAGAAAGCACCCUGGAGCCUAUGACCUCGUCUAUCGCUACGCUUAAGCCUACGAGUCCUCUGCCUGCCGAGACUACCACGCAAUAUCUCACGAUCGAGUCCACCACAUACGUUGACCCAACACCUCCCACCCCCAGGGCGUCACAACCUCCUUCUCGAACCCCGUCCAACGCUACCAAACGCCGGUCGUCGUCCGAGACAUCCCCGACAAGAUCCGACGCCGGCUACGACGAGCGCAGAUAUGCAAGCGAAGAUGAGCAGGAGAAUGGAUCACGGUCAGAGAUUCAGAGCAUCAUGGAGCAAUUCACCGGUGAUGGUAGAGGCCCUGGCGCUGAAGAGGUUAUGAGUCCGAGGUUGGAGAUCGCAUCGCCCAUGCUGGGCAGCCCUGGAAUUCACCAUCCUCCACGGAAGUCCAGUCUCGACCCGCUGGUCCCGUCACUGUCCCACCAGGUUCAAGAACUUCAGGGCCUGAGGAUACACUCGGCGUCUCCUGUCAGCAUGCUUUCUCGAGAGCGAGUCUCCGAUGACCAAGGUCCUCCUGUGCCGCCAAAAGAUGGGCCACCCGCGACCCCUUCGCGUUCUCACGACGACAGACAUAUAAGCACAGAUUCCCAAAUGUCUCCUGGUUUGCCCAUCCACCGGCCGCCACCCCCUGAGCCCGAACCCGAACCAGCAUUGCCUUUCGACUUUCACCGCUUCCUGGAGCAAUUACGGAACAAGAAAGCAGACCCAGUUGCCAGAUACUUGAAGUCCUUUCUGUCCGAAUUCGGGAAACGUCAGUGGAUGGUGCACGAGCAAGUCAAGAUCAUCAGUGACUUCUUGGCCUUCAUCGCCAACAAGAUGGCGCAAUGUGAAGUGUGGAGAGAUGUUUCCGAUGCCGAGUUUGACAACGCUCGGGAAGGCAUGGAGAAGCUGGUCAUGAACCGGCUGUACACGCAAACUUUCUCGCCUGCCAUUCCUCCGCCCCAGCCCAUUCCCGGCGCGAAACCGAAACGGCGAGGUGGCGAGCGACCCAUGGGACCCGGCCGACGUGGGCAGCAUCAAGAAGAUGUGGAACGGGAUGACAUCCUGACGCAAAAAAUCAACAUUUACGCUUGGCUCAGGGAGGAGCAUUUGGAUAUUCCGCCUGCUGGUGAUAGCGGGACGCGGUUCCUCAAGCUCGCACAACAAGAACUUCUGAAGAUCAAGUCUUAUCGGGCGCCACGGGACAAGAUAAUCUGUGUGCUCAACUGUUGUAAAGUCAUCUUCGGGCUUCUCAAGCACUCCAAAUCGGACUCAUCAGCCGACUCGUUUAUGCCACUUUUGAUUUACGUCGUUCUGCAGGCCAACCCCGAGCAUUUAGUUUCCAACGUCCAGUAUAUCCUGCGCUUCCGGAAUCAGGAGAAACUCGGCGGCGAGGCAGGGUACUAUCUUUCAUCCCUGAUGGGUGCUAUUCAGUUCAUUGAGAACAUGGAUAGGACAACCCUAACGAUCACGGAUGAGGAGUUUGAAAAGAACGUCGAGGCAGCUGUGUCUGCAAUAGCAGAAAGGCACCGCCUCGACUCGCCGGCGGUCGCGCAGGAACCCGUCUUCUCGGAGAAAAUGGGCUUCCAGCAAGGCGAGUCUUCCGGACGACCUUCUUUAGACAUGAUAGGAGAAUCUUCUAUCCCGCGCCGCUCAAUGUCGUCAAACGAAGGCAGCAGAGAUGUCGAAGAUCAAGCCCCGAUCACAGGUCUCCUUCGAUCAAUACAAAAGCCGCUCAGCACCAUUGGGCGCAUGUUUUCCGACGAGCCGUCGCCUGCGCCGCCCCCCGUCCCUAGCAGUGCGUCAAGGCCGCCGGGACCUCCCGAACGAUUGUCCCCUCGACUGAGCAUGGAAAGACCGCCGGAUGGGCAGCAGCCCGCCUCCCGGCCUCAUUUGUCGGCGGAAGAGGCUGCGGCCAGGCAGGCUAGCGCCGAGGUUGCCGAGGCGCAACGCCUCAGCAGGGCAGAGCAUAACAAUGUCGUCGAGACGCUUGCGGGCAUGUUUCCCGACCUCGACAGGGAUAUUAUCUCCGACGUGGUGUAUCAGAAGCAGGGGAGAGUUGGACAGGCCGUCGAUGCCUGUUUGGCCCUGUCUAACUGA